CCCAAGAAGCUGAAACCUGAGAACUGGCUGGUGAGAGCAAGAGGAAAACGAAAAUGGCGGACACACUGUACCUGCAACUCCUCAAGCUUUCCGCAAUAAAUUCAGAGGAAACACUCGACCAAGUCCUAACAAUUCUCUGGAAGACCCGAAAAAGCGGUCUCCGAUCACCGGAAAAGUCCGACAUUCAGUCUCUGCUCGGCCUCCCUUCCGUCGCCGAAGUCGACCCUGUUUUGGCAUGCCUUCGUUCGCUUAUUAGGAAAUGUGUACGUGAGAAUUGCACUGCUGAUGAUCUCUUGAAGCUGUUUCCGCCUGAACUGUCAAUUGAUUUACAGAACAUCCUUGUUCAAGUGAUCCAGAAAUAUCAGAGUCAAUGGAAGGAAGAAGUAUCCAGGGAGCAGCAACCAUUUCCAAGAAGUACUCCUCCAUCUUUUACACCUUGGCUAUCUUCUAGUACUUCAACGUCCAUUCAGCCUUAUGAAGAUGACACAGUUGCAUGCAAUGAUCCCAACAAUUUUGGGGCUUCUGCAUUAAUGGUUGCUGAUGAUCCUGCUGGAUCAUGUAUGGCCCUCAUGUCUGUCCAACCUGAUCUUGAUCCUCCUGACAAUCUGGCAAUUAUACCACUCCUCAAAUCAAUGACAUGGACUAUGGAGAAUCUCAAUUCAGAACCAGCUAAUAAAGUGGCUAUUAUCCAUCUUAAGCUGGAAGAUUGCAGCAAGUUACCUGCAGGAGAGAAAGAGGUGAAAUUUCGGCUUACCAAUGACAUGCUUGAAGUAAUGUUGAACUCAUUGGCUUACAUCAGUGAAAAACUCUCAAGCAGGGUAAGUAUGCUUCUCAAUACUUUUGGUGGCCAUAAAGAUCUGGAAACUAAGAAUCUCAGUUUUAGGUGUUCUCCAAGGUUAUCAUGUGCCUCAAAAGCCUUUACAAACUAAAUGUCCAUUGUCAUUUUGAAUUGCUGGUUUAAAACCACAAGUUUCCCUUUUCCCCUUUCCCCAAAUUUAACACUAAAGCUAAAGUAAUGAUUAAUGUAUUGGCAAAUAGGAAAUUUAAGAAAGAUUUUCUAAUACUUCAUUUCAGUUCUCUGUCUUCCAUAUCCCAGUGAAAUUGGGUUUACUUAGAGCGGAAUCUAGAACAUUACUUUGAGUAUAACCUCAUGUUGGUACGAGUAUAACAUGUUGGCUGUGAUUACGAAAAAAAAAGAGAAAGAUAAGGCAGAAAAUUUGUUCAUUGGUAUCCUGCAACAGCUCUAUUUUCUUUUCAUUAUUGAUAAAGAAGGUAUAUAGCUCAGAAUUCUUACUGCACGUUUGUUAGUUUUGUAGGCUGAGACUUCUUCAGAGCCAGUGCAGAAGAAACAGAGGCAAUAGUAGUAUUGAUUAUUAUUUUCUUUUUCUCCAUUUAUAAAUUCCUUGUCAUAGUUAUCAGAAAAUAAAGCGCCAAAGUCAGCCUAGGAAUGCAUGUUGGCAUAUAUCUCUGUAUAUUUCAUUUCAAUGUGAUCAACGAACCAUAUAUCUCAUUAUGAAAAUUUUGAUUCACAUACUUCCAAAGAUGUUUGUUCUUUGUUCUAUUGAUUUUUUCGGUCAAAUAGAUUUAUGUGGUACUG